CCAAGGCACCAUGGGAGAUGUAGUUCCUUUCCCUUUCUAUCCCUGAGGGGAUUUAAAGCCCCCCCCCCAUCCCUUCCUUCUUCUAACGGUGCCCGCCUUACAGUUGCUGCCUUACCCGCUGCUGUAUGUAAGCGCGGGCCGGGUGGGGUUUUGUCUUCGGCUGGGGACGCGGCGAGAUGGCUACGUUCGCUGCGGGAAAGCUGCACAAACCAUGCAGGAUGAUUUACUGAUGGACAAAAGCAAAGCCCAGCCCCAGCAGCAGCGGCAGCAAGAUCCAACCGCAGCAGAAGCCCCUUCUACACCCAUCACUUCAGAGACACCCAAACGGGAGGACAGCAACUCAGUGACUAGCAUCGGCUCAUCAGCUCCUGCCCAAAAUAGCAAGGAAAAGAUGCAGAUGGAGUCCCCCAUCUUGCCAGGCUUAAGUUUCCACCAGCCUCAGCAGGAACCUACAGCCGGGACCUCCUUGUCUCCCUCCUUUGGAAGCACCUGGUCCACUGGAACCACAAAUGCGGUGGAUGAUAGCUUUUUCCAAGGGAUUACCCCAGUUAAUGGGACAAUGCUUUUCCAGAAUUUCCCUCACCAUGUCAAUCCUGUUUUUGGAGGCACUUUCUCCCCCCAGAUCGGCCUAGCUCAGACUCAGCACCAACAACAGCAGCAAGCCCAGCAGCAGCAGAGGAGAUCCCCGGUUAGCCCUAACCAGGCACCUUUUGCCCAGAGAAAUGCUGCUUAUAGCCAUCAGCCCAUCAUGACCAGCAAACCUUCCUCCUCUUCAGCCUCCACCUCUUCCCCUUCCAGUUGGAAUAACCACCAAAAUGCAGCCUGGAGUACACCUUCUAAUCCUUGGGGUGGGCUGCAAGCUGGCAGGGACCCUCGAAGGGCAGUAGGCGUCGGAGUUGGGGUCGGGGUUGGAGUUGGGGUACCAUCCCCACUCAAUCCUAUUUCACCUCUGAAAAAGCCCUUCUCCAGCAAUGUGAUUGCUCCACCGAAGUUUCCAAGGGCUGCUCCCCUAACCCCCAAAUCCUGGGUAGAAGACAAUGCCUUCAGGACAGAUAAUGGCAACAAUCUGUUGCCUUUUCAGGACCGGAAUCGGCCCUAUGAUACUUUUAACUUGCACUCUUUGGAAAACUCAUUAAUGGAUAUGAUAAGGACUGAUCAUGAGCCUCUUAAAGGUAAACACUACCCUCCCAGUGGCCCACCAAUGAGUUUCGCUGAUAUAAUGUGGAGGAAUCAUUUUACAGGUCGUAUGGGUAUAAAUUUUCACCAUCCAGGAACAGAUAACAUUAUGGCUCUUAAUACCAGGAGCUAUGGGCGGAGACGAGGUCGCUCUUCGCUUUUCCCUUUUGAAGAUGGCUUCUUAGAUGACAGUCAUGGUGACCAAUCUUUAUCUUCGGGUCUCAGCUCUCCAACUCGUUGUCAAAAUGGUGAAAGAGUGGAACGCUAUUCUAGAAAGGUGUUUGUUGGGGGCCUGCCUCCUGACAUUGAUGAAGAUGAAAUUACAGCCAGCUUUCGUAGGUUUGGACCUCUUGUAGUGGACUGGCCUCAUAAAGCUGAAAGCAAAUCAUACUUUCCACCUAAAGGAUAUGCCUUUCUGCUGUUCCAGGAAGAAAGUUCUGUGCAAGCUUUGAUAGAUGCCUGUCUGGAAGAAGAUGGGAAACUUUACCUAUGUGUGUCAAGUCCCACCAUAAAAGACAAACCAGUACAAAUUCGACCUUGGAACUUAAGUGACAGUGACUUUGUAAUGGACGGUUCUCAACCUUUAGAUCCCAGAAAAACUAUUUUUGUUGGAGGAGUUCCGCGACCCCUCCGAGCUGUUGAAUUAGCAAUGAUUAUGGAUCGUUUGUAUGGAGGAGUCUGCUAUGCUGGCAUUGAUACAGACCCUGAACUGAAAUACCCAAAAGGUGCUGGUAGAGUGGCUUUCUCCAAUCAGCAAAGCUAUAUUGCUGCUAUUAGUGCACGCUUUGUCCAACUCCAACACAAUGACAUUGAUAAACGGGUGGAAGUGAAGCCAUAUGUGCUUGAUGAUCAGAUGUGUGACGAAUGCCAGGGCACUCGCUGUGGUGGGAAAUUUGCUCCGUUCUUCUGUGCCAAUGUUACCUGCUUGCAGUAUUACUGUGAAUACUGCUGGGCAAGCAUUCACUCUCGUGCUGGACGAGAGUUCCACAAACCACUUGUGAAGGAGGGAGGAGAUCGGCCACGCCACGUUCCGUUCCGUUGGAGCUGAAGCCCAGGCCUAAACCCAGCAGCAAGUACUGGAGCUGAUGAAAUUGAAGGAAGACAGAGUGCUGCCUCAGGGCUUUGGUGUUCUGGAAAUCUGUGCAUUCAUCCUUGACUAUAAUGAAGAGAUGGGUCUUUUAUUAUGAUUAUAAUUAUUAUUAUUUACAGUCACAUUACUGAACUCCUUGUCCAGUAUAAUACAAGCCUAGCAGAGUGUAACUGUACUGAUUUUGCACUUUGAUUCACACAAACAUCUGCUUGGUACCUUAAUUUCUUACACGCAAGACUUGUCACACGUGACAAUAAGUAGACUGCCAUUCUCAUUGGCCUCCACUGGGUUGAUGUGUAUGCGAUGAAGAUUUUUUAAAAUUAUAAUUAAUUUUAUUUUAAAACUGGAGCAUGCACUUAUUUUCAGAAAUGUAGACUUGCCCCUAGCAGAUGAUUUACCAAAGGUAACACUCACAAGUAGGUGGCAGAUGUAGCAAAAACUUCAAAUGGAUAUUCAGCAAUCAUUAGUUUGGGUCACUUAGAGUAGAAAUAACCCUAAAAGGUAUUUUGUUGCUCUCCAUUUUGACUGGUAAGGAUGAUACCUCAUAAGCUGGAUCACAUUUUCCCCACUCCCCACCCCCCUUUAUUGUUUUUGCUGAGGGUUUCCUAUUUGGUUAGGUCUUUUAGUGUUAUGUAAAUGUAUGCUGCAAUAGCUUUUGCUGCUAUUAAGAUGGUAUUACUAAUACCACAAUACUCUAUUCAAGCUUAGGGUAUCGAUUUGAAAAAGACGAUUAUGUGAUUUAAAAAAGAGUGAUGACUGCUGAAAGGAGAUCAGUAUAGCAUUCAGAAAGCUUCCAAGGAAGGUCAAUAGUUUUGACUGCAUGUUUACUUAAUCAGGUUGCUGCAUGCAAUAAAAAUUUUAUAUAUGUCUGAUAUAAAAAUCUGCCCACAAUGCACCAAUUAAGAAUCUAUAUAGGCUACAAAGUACUUGGCAAAAGAAAUUAAGGAAAAGAGUAACACACACACGUGCUCAUGUACACGGCACACAUAGAUUACUGACUGGAGGAAGGCAUGCCUCAGUAAAUGUAAAUGCUUCUGAAAUUAGGAUCAGCCCAUUGCAGUACAACCUAUAUUACAACGAAUAUUUUUAAAAACUAGAUGUAGAAUAUCCUUACAAUGAAUUCGUGAAUGAUAGACGAAGUACUUUGCGGUGCUCUGUUAUAUAUUGUGCAAUUUAUUUUGUAUAGUAAAGUGAUUAUGUCUAGUACUGUGAUCAAACUUUAACUGUUUAAGCCUCUAUGUCUAACAUUCACACACUUCUGACGGUUCACCAAAAGAUAACCAUGCUUGUACAAACAAAGGACAAGUUGAGCUCUUUGUUUCAAUCUCUCUCACAUAAAACGCUUGCACCAUGUAUGUAGUUGCAGCCCGUCUUCGGAAAACCAAAGAGCUCAUAACAACAUAUGUACACUACCAACUUAGAUAAUAGGCUGAUAAACUAGGCACAUCAUAUGAAAGGUGAAGGGAAAAAGUGGUGCUAAAGAAAUGUCUGCCUAAAGAGUUAACUUGUGAGAUGUCUCCUCUCGGAUGUGACGUUAAUUUCUUGAACCUGGAUGUAUCCUGUGAAGCUUGAAUACAAUUGAGAUCUACUAUAUAACGGUGGACAUUUUUUUAGCAUGUACUCUGGGGCUGCAAGACUAACACAUAAACACACAUUAGUGUGCUAACUGUGAGAAUGUGUACACUAUUUUUCUGCGUUUUAUUUUGUUCUCCCCUGUUUUUGCAGUUCUGGGGACUGGAUAUUAACACCGCAUAGUAGAUUUAAAUGUUCUGGGUUUUGUGUGUUGUGAUGGCCUUGUUAAUGUCUUACUCUGUAAGUUUUCUUUUCAUGUUUAGUUGCAAUUAUUGGCUCUGAAAGGAACUUUCUGUGUUUAAAAAAAAUAGUUUUUUACUGGUUUAAAAAAUCAUUCUUAUCCCUUUCAUGGUUUCUUCUGGGCACUUUUGUGAUAUUGCUUUUUCCAGCCCAGGUGUCUUUCUUCUGUUUGGGUUUUCUUUUUCCAUCUAUACAAGAUUUGUUAUGCACUACUUUUUGUAUCUAGACAGUUUUCAAUAGUUGGCAGAUUAUUCUUUUUUAAAAGAAAAGGCAUGCUUUCUGACUGACAUGAUCUUUUGCAAUACCUCAAUUUUGAAAUAUAGGAAAGAAAAUAUUUUCUAAGUAAGUUUAUUCAGAAAAAAAUAUAUAUUAAUUUAAUUCUGCGAGAAAAUGAUUUAACAGAUGGGUAACUUUAUUUUUUUCAUGCUUAUUUGCGUUUUUGAAAAUGAAGAAGUUAGAGCUUUAUAACUGUAAUAUUGAAGAUCAUAGCUAACCUACAGAAGUCUACCUAAUUAUGUGAAACAAACAAGUAUACAUUUUUGAAGAAAUUCCCCUCUUUCAUGUACAAACAUACCCUGGAAAAGAAAGGAGGGGAAAAGAGAAAGAGAGAGAUCCUGGAAGUUAUAUACAUAAUAAGAUUAAAAUUAAUACAGCCAGGUUGUCAUAGAGGAAAGGUGUAAAAAAAUCUCCAUUUGGUGCUGGAAGUUGUGAAUAGAAAGGUGAAAAAAAAUAUUUUCCCCUUAAUUUGUAUAUUUAUAAUCAAGCAAUUAUGCACGACUGACCAGAAUUGUGAGAGUUCUUCUGUUUGUAUUUUUUUAAAGAUAAUUUUUUAGUUUAUUAAAUUAUAACAUGGUCCCUUUUUGUUUUGUAAAUGAAUGUGCCCCCUAAGUUGUUAAUAUGUUAUAUUAUUAUAAGAGGGUCCUUCAAGAAAAGAAGUUAUUUUUUAAACUAAGGUGUUCUGAACUGCAACUUGACUAAGAAGCCCCUGGGUACAACAGGUCCUCUUGUGGCCUUCUCUUGAUGCGAGACUUGAACUAGUCGAUUUUUUUUGAAGGCAACUUAACCUCGACUCUUUGUUGUUAUGUGCAAUACUGUUUGUACUGUUUGUAUAAAAAAAAAGAAAAAAAGAAAAGAAAAAAGGCAUAAAUCUUUAUUGCAGAUUUAUUUUCAUUGCAAACUUUAGACAUUGUGAUUCACUAAGAUCAUUUUUCUACUGUCAAAUAUGUACCUUUUCUUCAUGCUGGUAUUUUUUCAAUAGUAAUGUAGCCUUUGUACUGAGACAAAUUUUCAUUGUUAUUUUUAGAAAGAUUUUUUGCUAAGAGAAAUUUAAACAUUGACAUAUUUUUCAUUUUUAUUUCAGAUUUUCUUUAAGGAGUGCUUUCUCAACCAUUAAUAUAGUUGUUUCUGGGAGAGACUUUCAUAUCUGGUCAAUGUCAUUAAUAUUAUUUUGUAUUUUUACUUGGAAUAAAUUAAUUUUAUGAUGCUAAUUCUUUAAAAGUUUAUUUUUUCAUUUUCAGUUAUUUUUGAAGCUAAAAAAACCUUUGUAAUAUUGUUACUAAAGUGUCUAGUUUUUUGAAAUGCAAAGCUUUAUGUAUUAACUCGCUGAUGUGGUUUACAAUGGUGUGAAAAUGGUUGGAUAUGUAAAAAGAUUGGAACAACUGUAAUGAAUAAUUGGGCAAUAAAAUUACAGAAUGAAGCAGGAAAA